CUUGCCCCCCCCCCCAUAGUAACGCCACGUUUUCUCACAAGGACUGACCAUUGUCGGUAACAGACCAACGCCCAGGUUUCUUCACGAUUAGACCAGCUGUGAAUGGAUCUUCUCUCAGAAAUGGCUACUGUCACGGCCGCCGCCAAUUUCGACACUGACAGUGACUGUCAGAUACUGAGAAAAGCCAUGAAAGGACUUGGAACUGAUGAGAAGGCUAUUGUUGAUAUCCUGGCGAAUCGAUCCAACGCACAACGUCAGGAGCUGAAAGUGAAAUUCAAGGCUUCAUUCGGCAGGGACUUGGUGAAAGAUCUCAAGAGUGAGUUGGGAGGGAACUUCGAGGACACCGUCCUAGCAAUGAUGGACCUGCCUGCGGUCUUCGAUGCAAGGUGCCUCAAGAAAGCUAUGAAGGGCAUUGGAACUGAUGAGUCUGUGUUGAUUGAGAUCAUGUGCACCAGAAGCAAGGCGCAACUUGCCGCCAUGAAAGCUGCUUACAAAGCUGCAUUUGGCAAGGAUCUGGAGAGUGCGCUGGAGAGUGAGACUAGCGGUGACUUUAAACGCGUUCUGGUUGGCCUUUGUGCUGGUGGCAGAGACGAAGGUACAGGCGUCGAGGAGGGGAAAGUACAGGAGGACGCCGAAGCCCUGAUGGAGGCUGCUAAGGGUCUAGGAACGGACGAGUCUGAGUUCCAGCGGAUCCUUGUGACGAGAAGCCCCCUUCACUUGAGGGCGGUAUUUAAAGCUUAUGAACAGAUUGCUGGAAAAACCAUCGAUGAUACCAUCAAUAGCGAGAUGGGAGGAAGUCUACGCAAGGCCUACUCGACAAUUGUUGGUUUCUUCCAACAUCCGAUGGAGUUCUUCGCUGAUCAGCUGAACAAGGCCAUGAAGGGUCUGGGCACAGACGAGGACCACCUGAUACGCAUCAUUGUAUCACGCUCAGAGAUCGAUCUUGGUGGUAUCAAGGCGGCUUACGCCCUCAAGUACGGCAAAGUUCUGGAGGGCGCUAUCGCAAGCGAAUGCGGUGGAGAUUUCAAGAAUGUCCUGGUCACAUUGACAUCAGCAACCGUAACCCCAGCAGCCAACUUCGACAAAGAUCAUGACACCCAAGCCCUGCGAAAAGCCAUGAAAGGCUUAGGCACAGACGAGCAGGCUAUUAUCGAUGUCCUCAGCAGUCGAAGCAAUGCACAGAGACAGGAGCUGAUAAUACAAUUCAAGAGCUCCUAUGGCAGAGAUUUAGUGAAAGACUUGAAGAGUGAACUCGGAGGACAUUUUGAGGAUGCUAUUCUGGCCCUGAUGGAGCGUCCUCAUGUGUACGAUGCCCAGUGUCUCAAGAAAGCAAUGAAGGGUCUGGGGACUGACGAGGACACGUUGAUUGAGAUCAUGUGUGCAAGGAACAACGCGGAAAUAAAGGCAAUAAAAGAGGCCUAUAAAAAAGAGUUUAAGGGUGACCUAGAGAAAGCUCUGGCUAGUGAGACCAGCGGAGACUUCAAACGUGUUCUGAUUGGCCUGUGCACGGCUGGGAGAGAUGAAACUGCGGCGGUAAAUAUUGAGAAAGUGCGAGAGGACGCGAUGGCUCUCCAAACGGCAGCCAAAGGAUUUGGCACGGACGAGUCUGAGUUCCAGCGCAUACUCGUGUCCAGGUCAAAGGAGCAUCUGAAGGCUCUCUUCGAUGAGUAUGAAAAGCUGACCGGGAAAGCCAUUGAGGCCACCAUUAAGAGCGAGAUGUCUGGAAAUCUGAAGACUGCCUAUCUAACCAUUGUUGCCUUUUUCCGGAGUCCGGUUCAGUUCUACGCUGAUCAGCUGCAGAAAGCUAUGAAAGGCGUGGGAACUGAUGAAAGACAACUGAUUCGCAUCAUCGUGUCCCGUUGCGAGGUGGAUCUGGGACACAUCAAGACCGCCUACACGGCCAAGCACGGCAAGUCGCUGGCCGAAGCCAUCAAAAGUGAAACGAGUGGAGACUUCCGUAAAAUCCUGAUCGCACUCGUUGGGUCACCGUAGAGGGGGCUACACUUUUACAAUGCUAGAGGGCGCUACGUUGGCAGGAACAACUGAUAUAAUAUUAUUAGAGCAUGUCUUUAGUUUAUAGGUAGGGUUUUUGUAUUAAACAAAACUCGGCGCUAGAUUAAAUGUAUCAAGAAGAAACAUUUUCUAACUUGAUUGGCAACUGUAGGGUAGUAUUUAGCAAGGGCACAUUGAGCUCUAAAUAGGAAUAUUGAAUAUGGGCAUUUAUCAUUUGGGACACGGUGUUUCACUGAUGGUUAAAAAGAAACCGAAAACUUUAACCUAUUUUUAUUAAUCAUGAAUUACAAAAGUGACGAAAACAGUGAAUUUGUAUAGCAAUAUUCAUUACUUUUAUUUCCACUUUCAUUUGCAGUUCGGUAAAUUUUGUGGAUUUCACAGGGUUUUCAGUAUUUGUUUUUAAUGAUUUGUCAGUUCCUGGAUAUUACAGUUACUAUAUCAUAGCCGUUGGACUACAUUGUAUAAUCGAUUAUUUUUUUAUACAUAUCCUAUUUUUUAUUACACCAUUUCAUUUUGUUAAUAUAAUUCUACACGUGCAAAUACGAGUCUUUCAUAGGUCCGAGAGUCUUUGCUAUCAAAGGGAAUUAAACAAGAAAUCAUCUUGAACUCAAUAGGAGUACAUUAUAAUCUAAUUUAGUGAAACAGAAAGGUUUAAAAUAUGCAUGGAGUAGGCAAAACUUAUACAAACCCAUACCAUCAUUUAAUAUUUAACAAAUAUUUUCAUUUUUCCGCAAAGCCUAUUUACGUUCAAGUUUAUACUUCCCAUAAACACCUAAAACGCCUGAACGUUGUCAAUCAAAAAUGACGUUUAUUAUCCUACUCCGAGAAAAAGGUCAACCAUUUUAUUGGAUUUCUAGGGAGUGUUUUGCAUAAUUACAUUUCUUUAUUUAAUACAUAAACGUAAUUACAUGAAAAUGGUGAAUUUUCUUCUACAAACUGUUUGUUUUAACUGUAAAGUUUUUAUUUGCAAUAUAAACUUACCUAGUUCUUAAAUCAUA